GCUCACGGACAGAGGGCGCUUCGGCUGUCAUAACAAAAGCCGAUUUCGGAGUUUGACAGCCGGGAAAUAGGACAAAAAAAGAACGAAAAUGAUAACACCAAUUCUUCGGUAUUAGGCGGCUUCUGUGUAAAUUGGCGUGCAAAUUGUAAUCUGUACUGAAAAAAGAAUAUCAAGCGUGUCUCCUCAAUAGUGUAAGCAUAGGUUUUUGUAAGCAACAAUGUUAAACGCUCUCGGUGUGAUUGUAUCCGGUCGAUUGGUUCAAACCGAUUUCCAGCAGAUAAGCGAUUCCCACUUUCUAAUUACCAUCCCGGAUGCGGACAACGUGAACCAUGUGGUUGUGUUUCUCACCGGGACCACCCCGUUUCCGGACGGUAUGGCUGGAGGAGUCUAUUUCAGCUGGCCGGAUCCGAACGCACCGCCCAACUGGCAGCUGCUCGGCUACAUUUCCAACACGAAACCGUCGGCUAUCUUUAAAAUAUCGCAGCUCAAGAAGCUGGACGAAAUAGCAGGCCAGUCCACGAUGAUGAACAACGUUUUCGGCAGCAAUCUGCCAAUCUCACAUAUCGCCCAGAUAGGUGUGUCGAUCGAGCCGGAAAGCUCGCUCGUGCAGCAAACGCCAUCGACGACAACGUCCAGCACGUACUACCAGUUCGGCCAGAAGAUAGUGGAGAACUUUUUCAACUUUGUUAGCAGCUUCUCGAUAACGCAAAGCCAAAUGACGCCGGCACCGAACGAAACGUUCGUGCCACUGUCGACGGUGCAAACGUGGUACACCAACUUCGAGCGGCGGUUGCAACAAAAUCCAAACUUUUGGAAAAACUAAAAAACGCUCGUG